AUGGCACCAAAGAAGAAAGGAGUGGUUGAAAAACCAAUUUUGCUCGGAAGACCAGGUAACAACUUGAAGUCGGGAAUUGUCGGCUUGGCCAACGUCGGUAAGUCCACGUUCUUCCAGGCCAUCACCAGAUGCCCAUUGGGAAACCCCGCAAACUACCCAUUUGCUACCAUCGAGCCUGAAGAAGCCCGUGUCAUUGUGCCAAGUGCUCGUUUCGACAAGUUAUGUGAGUUGUACAAGCCUAAGUCUGAGGUUCCAGCUUUCAUGACCAUCUACGACAUUGCUGGUUUGACCAAGGGUGCCAGUGCCGGUGAAGGUUUGGGUAACAACUUCUUGGCCAACAUUAGAGCUGUGGAUGCUAUCUACCAGGUUGUGAGAUGUUUCGAGGACUCUGACAUUAUCCAUAUCAACGACGAGGUCAACCCAGUUGCUGACUUGGAGAUUAUCAGGGACGAAUUGAGAUUGAAGGACAUUGAGUUUGCAACCAAGCACUUGGAGGGCAUUGACAAGAUCACCAAGAGAGGUGGUCAGUCUUUGGAAGUCAAGCAGAAGAAGGAGGAGGCUGAGUUGGUCAAGAGAAUCAUCCAGCUUUUGGAAGACGGUGGCAGAGUUGCCAACCAGAAGUGGACCCAGAAGGAAGUUGAGGUGAUCAACUCCAUGUUCCUUUUGACCGCCAAGCCAUGUAUCUACUUGCUUAACUUGAGUGAACGUGACUACGUCAGAAAGAAGAACAAGUGGUUGUUGAAGAUCAAGGAGUGGGUUGACGCCAACUCUCCUGGUGAUGUCAUCAUUCCAAUCUCUGUUUCCUUGGAGUCUCACUUGUCUCAGUUGGAAACCGACGAGGAGAGAGACGCCUACUGUAAGGAGAUUGGCGCCCAGUCUGUCUUGCCAAAGGUCAUCACCACCAUGAGACAGAAGUUGGACUUGAUCUCUUUCUUCACUGGUGGCCCAGAUGAGGUUAGAGAAUGGACCAUCAGAAGAUACUACACAGCUCCACAGGCCGCUGGUACCAUCCACACUGACUUGGAGAGAACUUUCAUUUUGGCACAGGUUAUCAAAUACGAGGACUUGGUUGAGCUCGGCGACGAAGCUACCGUCAAGGCCAACGGUAAGUUGAUGCAGAAGGGUAAGGACUACUUUGUCGAGGAUGGUGAUAUCUUGUACGUCAAGGCUGCUGAUGGUAAGGCAAGAUAA